UGGCUAACCAGGAGUUAACCGGCGGUGGCUUACAUCAUCUACCUGCAGUAGACACCGGCGACUCCUCGUGCAAGCACAGACUCAUCUCCGUGAGCUGCGCCCGUUCGCGGGAAAAGCCUCCAAGAUACCGGCUUUCAGUGAUUCCGUUUUUUACCAACCCAUUAUAGCCACAACGAAGAGUUGAAAGAUCUGGGAUCGGUGAAAGAGGAGAAAGGCCCGCGGGGCCUCGGAUGAACGACCGUCCCACCAGAAGCAAGAAAAGCAAGAACAGCAAAAUAUGGAGCAGUUCGAGCAAUUGCUGACCUGUGCCAUCUGCCUGGACCGCUACAGGAAUCCGAAGCUGUUACCAUGCCAACACAGCUUCUGCAUGGAACCCUGCAUGGAGGGCCUCGUCGACUACGUGAGAAGACAGGUCAAAUGUCCAGAAUGCAGGGCCGAACACAGAAUCCCUUACCAAGGUGUCCAAGGUUUUCCCACAAACGUGACUCUUCAACGUUUCCUCGAGUUACACAUCGAGAUUACCGGAGAAUUACCGGAUCCGACGAGCGGUCAAAUAAUGGAGAGAUGCAAUGUUUGCUCCGAGAAGGCUUAUUGCAGCUCGUGUCAACAUUGCGAAAAGAAGAUCUGCGAGGAGUGCAAAGGAGCUCACAUGGAUAUCUUGAGGAGAGAAAUCGUUAGGAUCAAUAACCAAAUUCGCAGAGGCAUCCAUCGUCUGCAAGAUGCUCUCUCGAUGGUAGAGAAGAACGCCCAAAACGUCCAAACCAAUAGUUUAUCAGUUUCCGAGGAAGUUGAAGAAAUUUACAGAAGACUUACCAAAGCUGUAAAGGAUCGUACCGAAUAUCUGAGAGGCGAAUUGGAUAGAUACAUGAGUUCAGAAGUUAGGACUUUGACUAAUCUCAAAGAUAACUUGGAGCUGGAAAUAUCCAAUAUAUUGAGUAACUGCGAUCUGGCUGAUAAACAUAUUAACGAGAAUGUGCCUUGGGAUGAUUGCGAACUGAUGGAUGCUAAGGAGAUCUUUUUGAAGACUGUUGAUUUCAUAAGGAAUUUCGAGUACGAAAAUUCUGAUUACAGUAGGAAAGUGAGAUUGGUCUUGGCACACGAUCCUAAUCAAUUGGUGCUGCAUGUUGCUGGUUACGGUGAUUUGAACAUCGUGAAUCCGAGCAAUCCAUUUGGUCAAGGUAAUACCCUUCAAACUCCCAGUCCUGGUUUGAUGCGCUCGAAGAGCGAUCAUCGCUUAGCUACGCAGUUUAGGCAGCAGGAGGAGAGGCCUGGGUAUUAUGGUGAGGGCGAUGAUAGCACUCCAACUAGGAAGUUUGGAGAAAGAGCUAACAGAACUGGAGAUCGCUACGACAGGUACGGUAGGAGCGGUAAUGAUUACGGUGAAGAUUAUGAUGACUCCUCCAGGCCUUCGAGGUCCAGCCGUUACCGUUCCAGGUACAAUAGACAUGGCGAAAACGACUCUGAUACCGAACAAAGUAGCAGAGUUAGAUUUAGCGAGCAACAGCAUAAAGAAAGGGAACGCGUUUUGGAUACGGAAGACGUAGCCAGAGGUCCUCUGAGUGGUAUCACCAGAUUGGCCGACUCUCCUAGAGUGAUGAAGAAGCUGCAAGAAUCCGAAAGCGGAAAAAAGAAAGAAAAGGAAAUCCCGACCCCGGUUCCCGCUCCUCAACCUCCGAAAGUCGUACCGAAGAGGCCUCCGCCUCAGGCAAACCGUCAAACCAGCGAAGACGAUGAAAUUGCUAAAAUCAAGAAGCAAAAUAAGGGCGCUACCACCUCGACAGAAACAGAAACUCGUCAUCCUUCUGUGAAACGCGACGAACCUGAAGACAGGCACGCGAGAAAAACUCCGGCGCCCGCCGAGGCGACAUCGAGCGCCGAAGAAUCGGACGAAUCGGCGAGUACGCCGCAACAGAGAAAAGCGGCAUCAAAAACUGUUACUCCCGCGCGCAGAACGUCCGCGGAACCACCUAAAAAAGCGACGCGAUCCACUAGCUCGGACUCAAGUAGUUCUACGGAUUCCUCGAACUCUUCUAACGCCGUGCGGAAUACCGGUGCGGCAUACACCACUGAAGAAGUUAAACAGAAAUACUUAUCGCGCGGUAGCGUGGAUCACACUGCUGAUCAACCUUCCAGGACAAGGGUUUCGUCGACGAGUUCAAACAGCAGCAAGGAUAAGCCCUUCCAGAGCAGAUUCUUGAGCAACAAGACUACUCCGACUCCGCCGCCGGCAGUUACGAAGGAGGAAGAUGAGUCUGAUAGUAGUUCCGAGGAGGAGACGAGUUCGGAGAGCGAAUCUGAAGAACCGCCACCAAAGGAGACCAAAGAAAUUGCAAAAUCUGAUAUUGGUCCAUUGCUCGCGCGCAGUCAAUUAGCAAGGGAGAACAGCACGGAAUCAACGAGGAAGACUAGCAGGGAGGAGACUGCAUACACGGCACCUAGGUCAAGGUAUGGAUCUCAAAGAGAAGAAUCGCCGGUCAGCAAAUACAGCACGCGUACGAGACAACCAGCUCCAGAGGAGGAACCGCCAAAGUACGGUUACACGAGCAGAUUUCUGAAUAAGAGUAAGAGCACCGCUGCGGUGCAACCUGAAGAAGACGAUAAAUAUUCGUCGUUGGAUGAUGAAAGCAAAUACCCGACGAGUAGAUCCAGGUAUAUGGCUUUGAAGGAGCGCAGACAGAGGUUGGCCAGGAGUAAAUCAAGUCAUAAUUUCAAUGACGAUGAUGACCCAGACGAACCACUCUCGCCCACAUCCACUAAUCCGUCCGCCUACUUGGCCUCCAAAGGCUAUGGCUCCGCUUCAUCAGCUAUGAAUGAUCUUGCUAGGAGCCGAUCCUCGCACGCUCUUAAAUCCCGCGAGAAUUCUCCGGACAGAAGUGCUGGCGCCGAAAAGGACGGCGCUGCUUUGAGCUCUUGGGCUCGCUACCUGAAGAACAAAUACGGCAACAGGAGUACCGGUAAAGAUAAGGAUUCUGCGUCCUCUGCAGCGACACCAUCUUCUGCGAGCAGUUCGGCUGCUGCCAGAAGGUUAUCCUUAGGUUUACCGCUGAGAUCGUCGACGGAAUUGGGAAGCUCCGAUGAUGAUUCAAAAAACAUGCAAGGCUCCCCCACUACCCCUACAGCAGCUACGGCGGCGGCAGCAGCCGGUAUCGCAGUGGCAACAGCAGGUACUACCCCUAGGAGUCAGUACUUGUUGAAAGGCCAGAAGCUGUUUGAGAUAGGGAGUCGGGGGAGCGAAGCCGGAUGUUUCACGUGGCCUCGCGGCGUUGCCGUGGGGCCCGACAACCACAUAGUUGUCGCGGACUCUUCCAACCACAGAGUCCAAGUCUUCGAUGCUAGCGGUAAAUUCCUGAAGGAAUUCGGAACUUACGGAAACGGCGAAGGGGAGUUCGAUUGUUUGGCAGGAGUUGCCGUAAAUAGAAUAGGACAAUUCAUCAUUGCCGAUAGGUACAACCACAGGAUACAAGUUUUCGAUCCAUCCGGACGUUUCCUGAGGGCUUUCGGAAGCCAAGGAUCAUCGGACGGACGAUUCAAUUAUCCUUGGGGAAUCACAACAGACGCCCUCGGUUUCAUUUACGUCUGCGAUAAAGAAAAUCACAGAGUACAGGUUUUCCAAUCGGAUGGAACUUUCGUUGGGAAAUUCGGAUCCAUGGGCAACAAGCAAGGGCAGCUCGAGCAUCCUCAUUACAUCGCCGUAUCCAACACGAAUCGCGUUGUAGUCUCAGACUGCAAUAACCACAGGAUACAAAUCUUUGAUGUCAAUGGUAGAGUCAUAUCCGCUUUCGGUUCAGAAGGAUCGGCCGAAGGACAAUUCAAAUUCCCAAGGGGAGUCGCCGUUGAUGAUCAAGGUUACAUCUGCGUUGCGGACUCUGGUAACAACCGUAUCCAAAUCUUCCAUCCGGACGGUACUUUCCUGAAGUCGUUCGGUUCAUGGGGCGUUAGGGACGGAGAGUUCAAGGGUCUCGAAGGUGUAGCAAUUUCGUCCAAUGGUCACAUUUUGGUUUGCGAUCGUGAGAAUCACCGAAUUCAAGUCUUCUAAGGUGAUCGAAACUGAAAAAGAAGGAUAACACUCUUGGAGGAGAGAGGGAAAACGAAACCAUAACCACAAUAACUCAUCGAAACUUAACUUAAAAUUAAUCCUCAGAACCUCAACUAAGUUUUUACUAUGAUUACCAUUAUCUGCGUGUGUUAUAAUUUUAACCAAAGAGAAUAAAGUUUAUUUGCAUUUCUGUUAA